GCCGAUCGCGGUAUAAAUUUCUACCCGGCGCUUUGUGUGUAUUGCACCUCCCGUGACAUGUGGCCCCGGCCGGUGUGGUUGUCCUUGAGAGAGGUGGACGUGUGUUAGAGUCAUGCAGGCGGUCCGCCGGGUGGUGUGUGCUAUGUCCGGAGGGGUGGACAGCGCUGUGGCGGCUUUGCUGUUGAAGAGGAGAGGUUAUCAGGUGACGGGUGUGUUUAUGAACAAUUGGGACGUUGUAGAUGAGCACGGAGUCUGCACUGCAGAAAAUGACUGUGAAGAUGCCUACAGAGUCUGUGAGAAACUGGAUAUACCUUUUCACCAAGUCUCCUAUGUGAAGGAAUAUUGGCAUGACGUGUUCAGCUCUUUCCUGAAUGAGUAUGAGAAAGGAAGAACCCCAAACCCGGAUAUCAUGUGCAACAAGCAUAUUAAGUUUAAUUAUUUCCUCACUUAUGCAAUUGAAAACUUGGGAGCUGAUGCUAUAGCCACUGGGCAUUACGCAAGGACAUCUCACGAGAAUGAAGAUAUAUUUCAGCAUCCUUUUAUUAAGAACCCUCAAAGUCUGUUCAGGAAUAGAUUCGAAGUAAGAGAUGAUGUGAAACUUCUCCAGGCUGCUGAUCAGUUCAAAGACCAGACUUUCUUCCUUAGUCAGAUCCCGCAGUAUGCACUGAAAAAAACCCUGUUUCCACUGGGAGGAUUGACAAAAGACUUUGUGAAGAAGAUUGCUGCAGAAGCUGGAUUUCAUCAUGUUUUAAAGAGAAAAGAGAGCAUGGGAAUAUGCUUCAUUGGUGAGAGAAACUUUGACAAGUUCAUCCUUGAGUAUUUAGAGCCACAGCCUGGAAACUUUGUUUCUAUUGAAGAUGGGAAAAUUAUGGGAACACACAAUGGAUGGUUUCUCUUCACAUUGGGCCAACGAGCAAAAAUCGGUGGUCUGAGAGAUGCUUGGUUUGUUGUAGAUAAAGAUGUGACCACAGGAGAAGUCUUUGUGGCUCCGUGUACCAAUCACCCAGCUUUGUACAGAGACCUUCUUCGAACGGAUAGAGUGCACUGGAUCUGUGAAGACCCUCCAGCAGAGUUGGUGAUGAACAAAAUGAUGGAAUGUCAUUUCAGAUUUCAACACCAGAUGGCACUAGUCCCUUGUAUGUUAACACUCAACCAGGAUGGCACCGUUUGGGUAACCUUGGCAAAGCCACUGAGAGCCUUGGCACCAGGACAGUUUACGGUCUUCUACAAAGGGGAGGAAUGCCUUGGAAGUGGGAAGAUUCUGAGACUAGGACCUUCAUUGUACACCUUACAACAGGGCCAAGAGAGAAUGAAAUCUGCAGCAGCAAACGUGUCAGCAAAGACUGUGAAAGAUCUGGAUUCACUAUCCUGACUGCUGCAAUUUUCCCAGCUAAUUGGAAGUGUUUAGUGAAAUGUGAGCCAGAAAACGAUGGCGGAACCAAAGCACGCUGUCUCUAGCUUAAUUAAGGGACAAGUUCUGACAGACUUUGACUGGCAUCCAACCUCCUGAGGCCUUUUUAUAAACAAUAAUCAAUUGUUUUCUACAGACAAUAUGUGAAUCUUUAUAUUGAAGAGAACCACAAAGACAUUACAUUUUUACUUUUUCUUUUUAACUUGAACAAACUGGGAAGGUCUGGGCGUUUAGUGCAAUAAAAAUGUGGUUUUAC